AUAUAUAUAUAUAUAGAUAUAAAUAGUUAUUAUAUAUACGUAGAUAUUGGCCUGUACAACAGUACACCUCUUACUAGCUAGUUUGUGCUUUGAUUGGCGAGACUUUCGAGUCAAAGAGAUCCAUGAUCAGUUCUCGCAGGGAGAAAGAGAGAGGGUUCGCAUAGAAGAAGAAGAGGAGGAAGGAGGAGCGGUUAUUAGCAGAGGCGGGUCGAGGCGGCCGAUGCAGUUCAUUGCCUCGGCCUCGGGGGUCGGCGCCGCGUCCGCCGCUUUGCAGGGCUCUUCGUCGUCCGCUACAGCCGGCGCUGCUUCGGUGGUCGUCGACGGGGGGCAUCGGCCAGCGGCGGCGGCGGCGAGGAGAGGCGGUUGGGGGCGGGGGGAUAUUGGCAGUGGUGGAGAAGGAGCACAUGUUCGACAAGGUGUGACGCCGAGCGACGUGGGGAAGCUGAACCGGCUGGUGAUACCGAAGCAGCACGCGGAGAAGUACUUCCCGCUGGACGCGUCGUCGAACGAGAAGGGGCUGCUGCUGAGCUUCGAGAGACCGCACGGGCAAGCCCUGGCGCUUCCGCUACUCCUACUGGAACAGCAGCCAGAGCUACGUCAUGACCAAAGGCUGGAGCCGCUUCGUCAAGGAGAAGCGCCUCGACGCCGGCGACACCUCUCCUUCGGCGCGGCGUCGGCGACGCCGCCCGCGACCGCUCUUCAUCGACUGGAAGCGCCGUCCCGAACCCCAGGACCUAGGCCACCCGCGGCCCCUCCCGCGCUCCCCUACCCCCCAACGGCCGCCGCUUUCACCUUCUCCCGCCCCUGGCACCCCGUCACAGCCGCCGCCGCCGCCGCCGCCGGGCGCGUCUUCAUCCCCCACCACCAAACCCCCGCCGCCGCCGCCGCCGCCACGCUCUUCGAGCACCACCAGCAUCGGCAGGCCUACGACUACAAUGCCGCCGCCAGGCAGAUCCUCUUCUUCCGAUCGCCGCCGACGCAGCCGAUGCCGCCGCCGCCGCAGAUGAUGGGCUCGGCCGAUCCGCCGAUGGUUCUCGGUUCCGUGCCGCUGGUCGACAGCACCCCCACCACCGCUGCCAAACGGGUCAGGCUCUUCGGAGUGGACCUCGACUGCCCCGAUUCCGACGGCACCGCCUACAACGACCCUGACGCUCUAUCGUUAGGGAUCGACAAUCUCCGCUGGCCGCCGAGCCCUUUGCUUCCUCUCCUCCAGCUGCCGCCGCACGGAGGCAGCGGCGCCCAAUCAGCGGAGCCUUCGCCUUCCUCGUCGUCCGGAAAGGAACCGCAUUCAUCACUGGAUCUUGAUUUAUGAGGAAGCACAAAAACAAGGGGAAAAAAGGAAUAAAAAAAGAAAAAAAGAAAAAAAGAAGAACAAGUCCUCUAGCAAGCUCUUCUUACAAUCGGCGCAGAUCGACGCCAAUUCUGGAAUGUGAGAUGAAGAUUCACAGGUUCUUUCAUUUUUGUGCUUAAUCAUUUUACUCAAUUGGCGCAUCGGAUAUUAUUGGAAGGUUUUGGGAUGACUCAUAAAAGAUAAAAGCACUCCGAGGAUGUAUCCAAACUCGAAUUCCUUCUUUCGGUCUCUUCUCUUCUAGCUUCUCCAUCUUUAUCUCGUUUUUCUUCUCCACGGCCGGCCUUUUAUUCCAAUUGUAUAUAUAUUCAUAAUUAAGGACAAAGGCAGCUCCUUUUGCCAUACAUAUGAUGAUAUUUCCAGUAUGUAGAACCAACAUUUAACUAGUUCAAAUUAAGAUUUUCUCCUCCUUGGAAUUGUGCUCUCAAUAUCUAGAGAUCUCUUAUAUAUGCUAAUUUGUUCUAUGAACAUCAGUUAUAGUAUCUUUCUCAAAAUACAGUUAUAGUGUCCAUGUUAUAUGCGCUUCUGUUCCGGGUAUCAGCUUCAUCGGUCCUCUCUUCACAUCGCUCCAAAGCACUGGAAACAUGUUGUAAAGAUGGGAGGGACAGACACUUAAUUACUGAGCACUACAGGGGUUUUCUAUCUUAUUAUCUGGUUGCCACAAGAUUUCGUUGAGAAGGAUAGGUGCCCAAGCUCGAAAAGAGGAGUGUUGACGGUGAGUUGACUUUGGACAAUGACUUCGCUUUUUAUUCCAAUUACAAAUUUCAAAUAGCAAGUUUAAACAAUACUCUCAACACCCUGCUGCUAGGUGCGUGAUUAGAUCAAAUCAUAUGUAGUGCGCAAUGUCAUCGAUCUUCCUAAUUAUUAUUCUAGUAUUGGUGUUUGAUCAACAAUGGUAUGCAAGGGAUUGUUUCAGUUGGUCCUCAUAUUUGCUAGCUAGCUGUUGCUGUGGAAUUUCAUACAAA